AUGUCUCAAGGCAGAAAGGCCGCAGAAAGAUUGGCUGGCAAGACCAUUUUCAUCACGGGAGCGUCCGCAGGGAUCGGUCAGGCCACUGCGUUGGAAUACCUAGACGCUUCCGACGGGAAGGUCAAUUUAAUUCUCGCUGCGAGAAGACUGGAGAAACUGGAGGAAUUGAAGCAGAAAAUCGGCCGAGAAUAUCCAGAGGCCAAGGUGUUUGCCGGCAAGCUGGACGUCACGGAAUCGGCGUCGAUCAAGCCGUUUCUCGAGAAUCUACCGCAGGAGUUCAAGGACAUCGACAUUUUGAUCAACAACGCCGGCAAAGCGCUUGGGUCCGAAACUGUUGGAAACAUCGAUGCUCAGGAUAUCGCAGGAAUGAUCGACACCAACGUCUUGGGGCUCAUCAACGUGACCCAAGCGGUGCUCCCCAUUUUCAAGGCGAAAAACGCAGGCGACAUCGUUAAUUUGGGUUCUGUGGCCGGUAGAGAAGCGUAUCCAACGGGCUCCAUCUACUGUGCCACCAAGCAUGCCGUCAGAGCGUUCACACAGAGUCUCCGUAAGGAACUCAUCAACACCAAGAUCAGAGUCAUCGAAGUCGCGCCGGGAAACGUCGAAACCGAAUUCUCGCUCGUUAGAUACAAAGGUAACACGGAAACUGCCAAGAAGGUUUACGAGGGUACAGAACCACUUUACGCUGAUGACAUCGCCGAUUUGAUCGUUUAUGCCACGUCCAGAAAGCCCAAUACUGUUAUCGCCGACGUCUUGGUUUUUGCUACCAAUCAAGCAUCUCCAUUCCACAUUUACCGGGGUUGA